UUUGUUGACAAUGUAGUAGGUUGUAUGAGAAUUAUUUUGUUUUCGUUUGUUCGAAGGCGGAGAGUGGCGUUUUACCCGAAAGAUUUAGUUGAUGUAUUCAAAAUACUGAAACAGGUGAAAGAAAACUGUGUUACGGUGAAAUGCUGUGGAGGAACGUAUCCAGUUAGUGAAAACGGAGAUGUGCUGAUAUCUCUAAACAAUUUAAGACGUAUCCUCUGGUACGACCCAGCGGAACAAAUUUUGACUGUAGAAGCAGGAGUUACACUUAAAGAAAUUUUGAAGUGCGUCGAAUAUUUCAACGCUACGCUAGAACUGUACGGAACAUUGCCAGAUAUGGCUGUUAUUGAUGCUGUUUCUAUAGGCCUAAUAGGUGCCAAUGGUACAAUUGCACAAUGUAUUAAAGCGUGCAAAGUAGUGUCCUUACACGGCGAUACCAUUGAUUGUAUGUGGCCCUGUGCAGAACACGUUGUUGAUCAGAGUGGAAAAUGUGAUGGAAACGGAACUGUGUGUCCAACAUUGCAGCAUGUUGUGUGUGGCCUUGGUUGUGUAGGUAUUGUUGCAUCUGUUACUUUGAAAUGUGUACCAAUACAUCUAGCUCAACAGGUCACAUAUGUAUGCACAGUGAAAGAAAUACCAGGAAUAUCUGAGAGACUGUCAGCAGCUCUAUACAGUGAGUUACUUUGGUACCCUCUUAUAAACAGGAUAGCUGUCACAAAUCAUUAUCCAAUACGUUUGCAUCAAGGGUUUUACCAGCCAUUGUGGAAGAAAGUUAUAGAGACAGCAUAUAUACUUAUGCAUCAGAUAGUAACUCGUGUCAGCCCAUACAUGUCGUGGUAUUUCCCUGAUGCUUCAGCAUACCUUUCACGUCAGCAGUUUGGACUGGUGAUGAAAGCAGCAUCGUGCAGAACUGGUUUUUGUUUUAAACCACAGAAAUUUGUGUCUGUUGAGAGUUAUUGCAAAGGGAUAAAAUGGUCAAUUCCUAGAGAACAUUUACCUACACUUAUGCAGGAGAUCAGGAGUUGGGCAGAAAAGCAUAAACAUUUCUGUUCAACCCCCAUUGUGUUGUGUUUCCAGACAAACAAAGAUCUAGAUCUGCGCAAACCAUUGCUUUGCCCAUAUACAGAUGUUAGUACAUGCACAAUAUGGACUGACUGGUUCUGCAACAAGAAUUUGAUGAUAUCUUAUUCUGCAGAAAUGGCAGAAUUUGAAUCAUUGCUGCAGAAAAAUUUUGGUCGCAGAUGUUGGUCUGCUGGUCCAGUAUUUAUUUCACCACUUAUUGGACAGAUGUAUCCAGGUUUCAAGCAUUGGUGUUCUGCAAAGUCAGUGUUGGAUCCUGAUCUGAUUUUUAGAAGUCCGUAUGUAGAAGGCAAUCUUAUUAUUGAAAAUUGCUAAUGUAUGUCCUCGAUGUAUGUUAUUCUCUUCACUGCUUAUGCAGGGUGUUAUGUGCUUUGAGAUGUAUUAUAGCAUAUCAAGAAUCAUCAUUCUAAUGACUUUGAAAACGCUUUGCAUCACUAUAUCUGUGGAAGAGGCUUGGACACAGUGAAGUAAUAAUAAAUAAAUAAAAUAUAAAAAAGACCCACAAAGUGUGAAUCAAAUUCCAGACAAUCUGAGCAACUGUCUCCAUUGUUGAGGACCAUGGACUGAUCACUACACAAAUAAUUAAUUUCAGCUUUGAUGCUGUUAUAGCAUGGAAUAAUUCCAAACAAGAAACUUAUUGAUGUCAUGUUUAUAAGCAUUAACUGGCACAACAGUCAUUAGAUCCAGCAAUAUUUUUGUACUUGUCUGUUUCCCAGGUAGAAAUUGCAGAAGGGAAUAAGAUACUGCUGCAUUAAAUUCCUACAAAAGCAGCUUUAAUGAAGGAAAGUCGAGAAGGAGACACAGUUGCUGUUCAUAGCCUUUGGAACUCAAGAUUUAGCAGGAAAGGAACCAUAAGAAAGUUACACUAGAUCUAUUUGAAAAGUGAAGAACUUUUCGAAAGCAAGGAGAUUGAACCACUCCAUGUUGAAGUCACCCACUAUAAUGUUAAUUGCAGCUCUAUAAGUCCAAGCAAUAGACAUAAGUACAAACAUCUGUGCUCCAUGUGUUUAUGGAAAAUGUCCAUGGUAUUCUUUGCUAUUGUCCCUCAGCUGAGAUGUUUGAUUGCAAAUGCUACUUCUGCUCUGAUGCCUCAGAUAACACCUCUGGAUCUGAAGGUUCUCAGCAGUGGGUACAAUCCUGCAUCAGAGCCCCCUUUUUGUGCUCCACAAACAAUGUAGGAAAAACAGCACAUAAGUAAUUUACCCACAGUAACCAAACAUAAAUGAAAAGUGUGUUCUGAAGAUGGUGAACCAUGUAAAGAACUGUAAGAGUGCUCAUUUUAAGCAACUGGUCUACUAGAUUACUGUUCCUUCUUCAUUUUCUCAUUUCGAAAGAAGAAAAAGGUAACGAAAAAUCCAUAAGUGACUUACUUAUUUGUAGAGUAUUAAUGUCUUUUGGAUUAAUGUGGAUGAAUUAAAGUGCCAGCACAAGUGAAACUUUUCGGGUAGAUAUCAUGCAAAACAUCUUACACUGUUUGAUCAAAAUAGUUUCAGUAGAAAUUAUUUCCUGAUUGAUGACAGGGAAAAUGUAAAUGUUAAUUAUAACACACACUGUUCUUCCUCUGUGACUGCUUCAACUAUUUGCAAUUAUUGAACAUGUACAUAGAAAACAAGAAGAGUGAUCAAUUUGAUUCCCAUAAAAGGCCACUGUUUUGACUCUCUACCUAUCGUAAAAGGGCUACGCUAAGAGUGAGGUACUCAAACACCUUCUAAUGCUUCUUCCUUAAAGGGGAGAGAGAGGGGGUGGGGGGGGGGGGGUGAUAUUGAUAUCAGCUGCAGACACUAGUGAUAGUAAUAUGCCAGGUUGCAGUGCUGCAAAAAGCAGGCACAUGACAUCACACUCAUAGGCCAUUCUCUAUCUCCUCUUUUCUUUUUAAGAGAUUGUAGUAGGGAAAGAACAAGAGUAAAUACAUAUA